AUGUUCACAGAAUCCCAACCAAAUCACAUUCUCUUCAUUUUUAUAGCCAGUUUGUUGUGUUUGUGCGCAGGGAGAAGGCAACUAAUACUAUUCUUCGUGUUGUGUCUUUUGGCUGUGAUCUUCGUAAAUCUACCUUUCAGGAUGUCCUAUGUUUUACCUGGAUCAAUUGCUAUUGGGUCCAUUCUUGCUUUAAUAUUUAGAAGAUCAAGACGCGAAUAUCUUAUAGUUGUUUUUUACGGCAUAUUGUGUAAUUAUUACAUCGCACAGUGGCAUUUACAGGAAUUUCAACAAAAGCUGCUGGCAAUAGGCUUAGUCAUCUACAUCAUUGGUAUAUUCCGUGACAUACUGAGCAAUCCACGUUCUUGGUGGAAAGGGCUGCGGACUGAGCAGGAAUUAAAGGAAAGCAUCGCUGGAGGGCGACUAAGGCAAUUCCUUGUGAGGAUUAUUUUGGCUGUGAUCUUCAUCAACCUAUAUUCCAGGUUCCCUUUUGAACUAGAUGCAACCAUUGGCGUUGGGUCCAUUCUUGCUGCUGUAUUUAAAGGAUCAAAAGGUCCAUUAUUUCAAGCAGUUGGGUAUGGCAUACAAUGUUAUAAUUAUUGGAUAGCCCCACGUGCAUAUUUACGGGAAAUUCGACGACUUCCAUGGCUUGUCAAGAAGAUGUUGCCAAUAGUCCACUUUUUGAACUUUGACCAAACAUUUCGCAUAAUAAUUCAGUGCAAUAAUCCCCCUUCUUGGUUUAAAAGGCUGCCAACUAAGCAGGAGUUAAAGGAAUGCAUCGGGGGAGGGCGACUAAGGCAACUCAUUGUGAGGGUUAUUUUGGCUGUCAUAUUCUUAAACCUAUAUUCCAGGAUGGCUUUUUAUUUACAUGCAACUAUUGCCGUUGGGUCCAUUCUUGCUGUAAUAUUUAGAGGAUCAAAAGGUCCAUUAUUUCUAGCAGUUCUGUAUGGCAUGCUAUGUUUUCAUCAUUGGUCAGCAAGGCGGGCAUAUUUACGGGAAAUUCGACGACUUCCAUGGCUUGUCAAGAGGCUGUUGCCAAUAGUCCACUUCUUGAACUUUGAUCAAACGUUUCACAACAUAUUUCACCCCAAAAAUCUUCCAUCUUGGUUUAAAAGGAGUCGACGCCGGAUCAUUAGACAGAAUUUGUAAGGAGGAGGGGCAUGCAAUGACAGUCAUGUGGUAUAACUCGAAUAAUAGAUGGUCUGAAGAAUUUGUUCUGGAUUCAUUUUAUGAUUUGAUUUUAUGUUCCAUCCACUCUAUUAUGGAUCCAUUUGGUAUUUAUGAACUUGUCUAUGAAUUUUUUAUUAGAGGUUUGGAUUAAGAAAUUAUAAAAAAAAAAAGUGGAUACAUAAUUUGUCUUU